AGAGAGAGAGAGAGAGAGUGGGGGGGUGGCGGCUGAGUGAACAGAAAACUCUCACACACGAGCAGGAGUUGGAGGAGAAGUGGAGUUUUGGUUUUGUGCAGCCGUGAGGAGAAAGAGCAUGAUGAGAUUUUGAGAGAGGAGAAUCUUUCAUCAAGGUCCUGAAUGGAGAACAAGGCCAUGUACCUGAGCACAUAUGAGGAGCGAGACAAUGGCUCAUUUUAUGAGGAGGGCUACGAUGGACGGAAUCUGUCCAAACUCAACCUCUGUGAAGAAGCGAGUUCUGGAAAGCGGAGGAGGAAAACAGACAGCUGCUGCGGCCACUUGGACUCUCUGUCCGCCAUCAAAUACGCCAUUGUCUCGCUCUACAUCCUGGUCUUGCUGAGUAUAUUCGGCCUCUGCAUCGCAGUUUCCAGGUCCCAGGCGUCAUCAGAGAAGCAGGAGGCUCUGCUGGAGAACGUGACACGUUUGGGAGAUCGCUCUGUAGCUCUGCAGGAGUCUCUCGGCCAGCUGCCCUCCCAAAGUGACCUCCUGGAGAACAUCUGGAAGUUGGAACGCCUCUUCCAUAACCACAGCGAAGAGCUGAGGCAGCUAGGACGCCUGGUGCAGGGCUUGGAGAGGGACAUCCGGGACCUGCAGGCGUUUACCGAACAUGCCACGGGCUCUAUGGCCCAGAUAGAGGAGCAUGUAGGAAACAGCCAGAGAAACAGCAGUGCACUAGGAGUAGCUCUAGCCCGAGCCUCUGCCUCUAUCCACAGUCAGGAUGCUGCACUGCGUGAGGCAGUGGGCCGAGUGGACAUCCUCCGGCAGAAACUAGACGAUGUGGACUGGACCAUGGGCUCCAUCAACCACUCGCUCAGCAGCCACAUCAGCACCCAGCAGCUAGAGAUGGAGAUGUUUCAGGUGCAGCUGGGAAACGUGACCCAGGACACUAGGAAUGCCAAGAUCAUGCAGAUCCACCUAGAGGAGCAGAUGAGGAAUGAGCUCGAGAUUCUCAAUGUCAUCACUGAGGACCUGAGGCUCAAAGACUGGGAGCACUCCAUGGCCCUGAAGAACAUCACUGUCAUCGAAGGGCCUCCAGGGCCAAAAGGUGAAAAAGGAGAUGCAGGGCCUUUAGGGCCUGCUGGGAUCCCCGGCCUGACAGGCUUUAGAGGUAUACCAGGAGAAAAAGGCAUCCAGGGCCCACAAGGACUUACUGGGUCUAAAGGUCAAGAUGGUCAAAAUGGAGAGAAAGGAGAUAUUGGACCAAUGGGACCCAAAGGCCAAAGAGGAGAACGGGGACCCAAAGGAGAGAAAGGGGACCGAGGGGACCAAGCAGGCAUGACAGUGGAGAACGUUCUGGUGCGUUUGGUGAACGGCUCGGCGGCACACGAGGGCCGGGUCGAGGUUUAUCAUGAGGGACGCUGGGGGACAGUGUGUGAUGACGUGUGGGAUAAGAAAGAUGGAGACGUGGUGUGUAGGAUGCUGGGAUUCCGGGGAGCACGAGAGGUCCACAAAACUGGACGAUUCGGACAAGGUACUGGUCUGAUCUGGAUGGAUGACGUGGCGUGUAUUGGGACCGAAGACACCAUCCACCAGUGCAAGUUCUCCGGCUGGGGCAAAACCAACUGCGGUCAUGUUGAGGAUGCCGGCGUGACAUGUAAUACUUAACACCGCCCCCUUUUUUUUCUACUGAGCGGACUGCUUUAUGUUCAGGACUGCAGCGGAGCAGCUGAUUGGCUGAGAGAAUUACGUGGAAGAUGCUGUCCCUCUCCAGGUCACCAAAGACAAGAGGAUCAGUUAAAGCCUCAUUUUCAGCAGGGUGGUGCUUGGGAUUCGUCCAGCUCCCACAGAGCCAAUGGGGACUGACGCCGGACAAACAAGCAGACUGGCACGCUUACAGCCUUUACUACAAAAAGGACAGUAUUUACAUCCUAAAGUCUGUUGCCUUUAAAAAAAAAAAAAACAGUAAUAGAUUUUCAUAGUAGCACACUUUUAUUACCGUCUUUUCCUAGUGACCUCAUUUUGACCAAGCACAGCCAAAUCCACUCCUUUGCUUACAGAAUGAGGCUGGAAACAGGAAGUGAGUUGAAGUCUGAACUGCAGCAGUAUUAACAGAGAGAGCAUCAGUACCGUGCGCCAUAAAGGGAAGAGAUUCACACUGUUUUUACUUGAAGUUCAGUACUUUGUGCCUUUUCUCAUCAGUAUUUCUUCUUUGUGAGUCUCUCUGUGUCUCUUGCUGUCUCUCUGUCUGUCUCUCUCAUACACCUCUUUCCAAGUGGAUGACAAAUAACCAAUUUCAGUGUUUUGGUGGAGGGUUAAUAGCAGCGAGAAAAUUUCUGGAAACCCGCCCACUUGAAUGGUUCAGUGCCAAAUCCCUUCUCGCUCAUCUGGCUGGAGUGUUGAGACACUCGUUCAGGGCUCGAUUAGUGAGAGCAGGAUUGGAAUGAAGCCUCGGUCAAGGGCACACCUCCAGGCACCAGGGUGGGAUAAUGAUUUACAUUUCAUCAUGCACAUUUCAACUUCAGGCUUUAAGGGAAAGAAAAAAAAUUCUUUUACACAAACUGUUCCCGUAUCUCAAAUGGAGCAGAUCGAUGUUCGCUGUCCAAAGUCAGAUUUAGUGAUUUCAGCAGCAACACUAAUACAUUUAAUUUUAGCUCCCACAAAGUUCAUUUUUGAACCAUGGUUUAUUGUGACGUGUACAAUCUUUUAUUAAUCAUGUAUAGAGAGUUACAACUAAAGAUCAGGCUACUACAGUUAAUCUCAGAAAGAAGCUAACAUGUAAUACAUACAUCUAACAGCCAGUGUUCAAUUUUUCUGUGUUUAGCCGCUAGUUAGCUUUAGAAACUGUAUAUAGCUAUCUGUAUGGCCAGGCCACACCCACUGAAGACAUUACAGAAUAAGCAUCAUUUGGUACAAGAAACAAAUUAGUGUUUUACUUUUCACGAAACCAAGUGACUAAUUUUCUAAAUUUCUCAAGUGCCUCUUUUCACAUCAGGCUGAUAGAAGUGAGUAAUUGUCCACCAAAGAUGCCACGUUUCUGUGCGGCGUCUCACACACAAUCCUUAUACACACUUUUUCCUGUCUUCUUAAACUCCUUACAAUUAUGUCUAUACUCUUACCUCAUACAGUAUUUUUUUUAAAUAUGGAUAAAUUUACAUAUGUUUGUGUCAUACUAUGCUAAAACCCUUUCAUGCAGUUGGGUAUAUUUAAAAUAAAUAAAUAAAAAAGGACAGAAAAAGCACUUUGACUUUAAGAAAUGUUUGUUUUUACUGUUAUGAUCACGUUUCUAUGGGGGUUUUUUUCCAUAAAGUAUAAACACGUGUAAAAUCCUGGCUAGCUGAGCAUGAACGUCACGUUUUGAUCAAAAUGUCGGAGAGCUGAAAAUGAAAUAAACCUAAUAGAUUCCGACUGUAAUCCGAUCCCCGCUGUUAAAGUAUCCGAACUGAAAACUUUAAUGUGAUUUUACAAUGAUGGAAAUUCUGGUUGAGAUAUGUCUACUUUUUCCAGAACCACACACACACACACACACACACACACACACGUCUAAUGAAGCAUUAAAUGGUACAGCUCUUACCUUUUAAUGAAGAAUCUUUACAAUGUCACCGAAGACUUAACCUCUCCACACCUGGCUGUUGUUCCUGGGAGAGAUUUAAGAGUAAUGUGAUAAAUUUAGUGCCUUAGAUGCAACAUGGAUCUUGAGGAACACUUACAGGGGAAUCUUAAGUCUUGAAGAACUCACAUAUUGUUUCUGUUUUUUUUGGAUGUGAUUCUGUAUUCUCUGUUUAACUCUGAAUGUGAUUCUUGGUUUAAGUCUGUAUGUGACUCUUCUAUUCGACUCUGUAUGUGACUCUUCUAUUGGACUCUGUAUGUGACUCUUCUAUUCGACUCUGUAUGUGACUCUUCUAUUGGACUCUGUAUGUGAUUCUUCUGUUGGACUCUGAAUGUGACUCCUAUAUUUGAUUCUGUUUGUGAUUCUCUUUUCGACUUUGUAUAUGAUUCUUCUAUUGACUCUGCAUGUGACUCUUACAGUCGACUCUGUAUAUGACUCUUCUAUUAACUUUUCAUGUGACUCUCUAUUCGACUCUGAAUAGGACUCUCUUUUCGACUCUGAAUGUGACUCUUACUUUCGACUCUGUAUGUGAUUCUCUAUCCAACUCUGUAUGUCACUCUUCUACUCAACUCUCUGUGUGACUCUUUUAUUCGAUUCUGUAUUUGAUUCUUCUAUUGACUCUGCAUGUGACUCUCUAUUCGACUCUGUAUGUGACUUUUCUAUCCGACUCUGUAUGUGAUUCUCUGUUCGACUCUGAAUGUGACUCUUGCAUUCGAUUCUGUAUGUGAAUCUCUAUGUGACUCUUCUAUUUGACUCUGCAUGUGACUCAUAUUCGACUCUGUAUGUAAUCCUAUUCGACUUUGUAUAUGAUACUUCUAUUGACUCUGCGUGUGACUCUCACAUUCCACUCUGCAUGUGACUCUCUAUUCAACUCUGAAUGUGACCCUUACAUUCGACUCUGUAUGUGACUCUUCUAUUCGACUCUCUAUGUCACCGUUCUACUCAACUCUCUAUGUGACUCUCUAUUCAACUCUGUAUGUGACUUUUCUAACCGACUCUGUAUGUGAUUCUCUGUUCGACUCUGUAUGUGGCUGUGCAAUUCUGUAUGAGACUCUCUAUUUGACUCUGUAUGACUCGCUACAUGACUCUGCAAUGAAUUCCAUGCCUGUGUUCGUGUAAAUAAUGUCCGAUAUCAUCCUACCUGCAAAUAUUGUACAUUCAGAUCCAUUAAGCAAUAUCUCAGAGAUGCUACAGUUUUUAUAUUACGGUUUCUUCUUUUUAUCUCCAUAUGAAGAGAGAAUAAACUGUGUUUAUGCAUA